UCAAGGUAAUGUUUACAUUCUGAGUUCCGACAAGUCGCGGCAAGUCUGCCAAUGAAAUUACGCUCUUAAACCUGUACAUUGAGAUAGACUGGAUCAAAGCAAUCAGAAUCCGUUAGCAUGUCGUAUUUGGAAUCCAUCCGCAUCCAAGGUAUCCGAUCCUUUGGACCUAAGGAUUCGGAUUUUGCCACCAUGAAAUUUGCCCAAGAGAAGCGGAACAACAAGGGCGAGACGUUUGUACAGGUCGAUCCGCUCACCCUUAUCCUUGGGAAUAAUGGGUGUGGCAAGACCACUAUCAUUGAAGCUCUCAGAUAUGCCACUACAGGGGAUUUUCCCCCGGGUUCUAACGGGGGGCGAUCCUUCAUUCAUGAUCCCAAAAUGGCCGGCGAAUCCGUGGUGCACGCCUCGGUCAAGCUCAGAUUCCAAUCCAUUCAAAACAAUCCUCAUACUAUUAAUCGGGCUGUGAAUGCCACGCAAAACCCGAAAACGGUCAGUAUUAAGAGUGUGGAUUCGACCAUUAAGGAUGUGAAACGGGACUGUUCUCUCUCGAGUAAGUGCAACGAUGUCAAUGAACUCGUGAAGGAGCAUCUGGGUGUGUCCAAAGCCAUUUUGAACAAUGUGAUCUUCUGCCACCAAGAGGACUCCACUUGGCCAUUGGAUGAGGGUUCGAAGGUUAAGGAUAAAUUUGAUGAGAUCUUCUCGGCUGCCAAAUAUCAGGAUUGUCUUAAAACAAUGAAAGAUGUCCAGAAGAAACAGCUCGAGUUGGCCCGCAUUGACAAAACGGCCGUAGAUUUCUUAAGAGAAGAUCGCAAGGUGGUCCGUGAAAAGAGAAAAAAUCUUCGCUCCAAGAAACAAGAUAUCGAAGAUAUGGGGAUCGAUCUGGUGGAACUACAGGAAUCCAAGCAACCCAUCCGAAAAAAGUUGCAAGAGAUGAACGAGGUUGAACAGAACUUCAAGGGCAUCAAUGCCAAGAAAACUGAGGCCGAAACUAAGUUGCGAGAGUAUCAAAAGUUGAUCCAAGGACUUCAGAGUGAAAUGGACUAUCAGAGUCUCGAUCUCUCCGAGGAUGAAAUCGUGCUCAUGAUCUCGCAAUUAGACCAAGAACGCAAGAACAAAGAGCGUGAUUUGUCCGCCUUGGAAAUGGAACGAAACGAGGUGGAACAAGUCCAAGAAGAGGAAGAUCGAAAAUGCCGUGUUUUAGCCGCACAAUUGGGCGAAACUGAACAGAAACGCAAGACUUGGGUUGAGAAUCAAAACGUUCUGGAUCAACGAGCUAAGCGAGUUCGAGAGGAAUUUGCCAGUUUUGACCUUCAGAGUGAUCUCGAUACAACAGCUUUCAUGGAAAAGGUCGUUCUUGAAUUGGAUCGGCAACGAAGGAAAGUGAAUCAAGAGUCAGACAAAGAGCUGGAAGAGCACCGUUUGGCCAAUGGAGAAUUGGAGAAGCAAUCUGCCGUUCUCAACGAUAAAAAGACCACGAUACAAAAGUCCAGAACCGAUUUUAGCAAGGAUUUGGCCGAGAUUAAGAAAACCUUCCGUCAAAUGGAGCACGCUCCUGAUGAUUUGAAGAACAUUGAAUCCACUUUGGAGGCCAAAGUCAUGGAGGUAGAGCGCCAUGAAGCGUCUUUAGAAGUAGCCAAGACUGAGUCCACAAUUGAGGAAUCCAAGCGAGAACUGAAGCAUUUAGAGACCACGGAGUCUGAAUUGAGGGAUGAAAAAGAGAUCUUGGACAAGAACCGAGAAGAGAUGAUGGAGAUUGAGAGCAAGAAGAAAGAACUGGCCAUUUGUGACAAAGAGCUCAGACGCAAGGAGACUAGAAACAAUCGGGCCUUGAGCAACAUCUUUGACGACGAGAUUCCGGCCUUGAAGAUCAUUAAAAGUGAGUUUGACCGACUUUAUGUGAUCAACACGAAAGAACGUCAGUCCCUGGAAGCCGACAUCAAUAGUCGCAAGGCUGAGAUGAGCAGCCUCGAGAAAUCCGAGACCAUGAUUCAAUCCGAUGUCAAAAACAAAGAGGAGAAAGCCAAACGAUUGGAGGAUGACAUCAGACAAGUGCUAAAAGAUGGCGAAGAUUUAGAUGAAGAGCUCCAAAGCACCAAAGACAAACUGAACGAGACCCGACAUGAUCUUCAGGUGAAAGAAGCCAACAAGUUCAGUUAUGGAGAGACCAUUGCCAAAUUAGAGGCCAUGAUGGCCAAAGGUAAAACCACCAGCUGUCCAACGUGUCGCCGUGCCUUUGAAGAGAAAAUUGAAGCCCAAGAAUUGAAGGAUGAUCUCCAGAAACAAAUAGACAAGAUCCCAAGCAAGGUGCGGUCCAUCAAGGACCAAUUAAUUCAAUUGGACUCAAGAUAUGAAAAGCUCCAGAAACUGCAUUCCAUUCAGGAACAAAGACUCGAGCUUGUGGGGGAAAUCGAAAAGAAAAAGAAAGAGAUCUCUGAUAUCCAAAGUGAAAUCCGGAACCACGAGCAAGCUUUGUAUCCCUCUGAGAGCGAUUUGGACAAGCUCGUCCUCAAAAUUGAGGAACAAAACGACCUCAGAGAGGAUAUCUUCAAGAUGGACUCCUUGUACCAAGACCAGCAACGACUCAAACGCGAAUUGGCCGAUCUCGAAGCUUCAAAUGGUGAUCUUCGCACUGCAAGAACCCUGGAGGAGUUCAAGAAAGAAGAAGAACGUGUGUUGAAACGAAUCAAAGAACUGCGGAAAGAGGUUGAGAAGCAGGAAAACGCCUUAAGAAACUUUCACGCCAAGAUGAACAUGCUCAAAGCCGCUAUCAACGACCUAGAGAAGCGAAAACUGGAAAUCGAGAAGCAGGAUCAAGAAGCCUCAGCUUUGAGGGUGAAGGAAAAAGAGAUCCAAGAGAAACUAAUCCAACUGAAAGCCGAACAACAGACCAUUGACGAGCAACUCCGAAAUCUCCGGGACGAUUUGAACACACAGGGCCAGAAGUAUAAUCGCCUCUUGGCUGAGAAAGAGGCCAGUGUUGCCAAAAGUACUAACGCUCUGGCCAAGGCCAAUCAGAUGAAAGAUCAAAUCCUUGGGAUAGUAGAGCAAAUUCAAGCUUACGAAAACUCUGAUAAUGAAAGAAAAUCCGACGAGCUCAAGGCCAAGAUCAAGGAUCUGACGAGAAGACGUGAAGUCAAGGACAAGAAGUUGUCCGAAUUGAAGACUCGCAUGAAGGAGAUCCAAGACCUCCUCAUGAAUCAAGGUAAUCGGAAAGAGCUGUCGGAUAACCUAACUGUCAAGCGCCACGAAGAGGUGGUGCGUAUUCAAGAAAAGGAGGUGGAGAAGUUCACCAAUCAGUUGCACAUCCUCAAAUACGACGAUGUCUCUCGGGAGCAAGACAAGUUAACCCAAAGGUACACGGCUAUUCAGGCCAAGAUUGAGCACUUCAACGGGAAAAAGGCUCAAAUGGAACUCGAAACCAAAGACAUCGAACGCGAACUAAAACAGGACAAGUGGGCCUUGGCGGAAAGCAAAUUUCGUGAGGCCAAUAUCCGGAUGCGUUGCCGGCAACAUGCCAUUCAAGACCUCAAGAAGUACACGACUGCCCUCGAAAUAUCCAUAGGACAGUACCACAAGGAGCGAAUGGAUGUGAUUAACGAGAUCAUCAAAGAAUUGUGGCGAACCACGUAUAAGGGCAACGAUAUCGACUACAUCAAAAUCCAGACGGAUGAACCCAAAGAGAGCGCGGGCAGCACUCGUCGGCGAAAUAUCAACUACAAGGU